GCGCACAGUCCUGGCUGGAGCCGCUGCUCCUCGCUUCCCUCUGGCAUUCAGGCUUUUGCGCUUCAUGCUUCCAGUGCGCCCUCCCCCGUGCCUGUUGUCCGGUUACUGGGGUCCAUCGGGGGCUCCCCCAGGUGAACACAAGGAUCACACCCAUACAACAGCCCGAACAAGGGGGGAUGACUGAAAGAAGUUGUGUGAUCCAGAAAACCCGGCGGUUCUGACGGUGCUGUUUCCAAGAGGCGCAGUCCUCCAUAAAACAAAAUGAUGUCUGCUAUAGAGACUGGUGCCCCCGUGUACCAACCUGCACAGCUGCUCAACUGGGUCUAUAUGUCUUUGCAAGACACUCAAAGCAGCACUUUCGAUGCGUUCAAAGCCGAGUCGGACGCCGCUCCUCAGGACAUGAGCAUCUCCAAGCGCAGCGCAGCUGAUCUGAGCGCCAACUAUCUCAACAACUUCUUCCAUCUGAGGAGUGAGGCCUUGAACAACAAUUUCUACAAGAGCUCCUCGCCCUACGGGUCCCUCAACAAUAUCGUGGACGGCCUGAGCUCUCUGGCGGACCAUUUCUCAGACCUCUCCCUGUCCCCCGAGACACGCAAGCCCAGCAAAAGACCGCCGCCCAACUACCUGUGCCACCUCUGCUUCAACAAAGGCCAUUACAUCAAAGAUUGCCCUCAGGCUCGACCCAAAGGUGAAGGCCUGACCCCGUAUCAGGGAAAGAAGAGGUGCUUCGGGGAAUACAAAUGCCCGAAAUGCAAGAGGAAGUGGAUGAGCGGAAACUCCUGGGCCAACAUGGGACAAGAAUGUAUCAAGUGCCACAUCAACGUUUACCCUCAUAAGCAGCGACCUCUGGAGAAACCGGACGGGUUAGAUGUAUCGGACCAAAGCAAGGAGCAUCCACAGCACCUGUGUGAAAAAUGCAAAGUCCUCGGCUACUACUGCCGCCGCGUGCAAUAACACACUCCACUCGCCUUACAUACUCCUCCAAAGUUGUGUCAAAAAGGGACGGUUAUAUUUUAAUUACUAAAUAGUUCUAUAGUUAACUUUAUUGUUCUGUAAUGCAUCUAACGGUUUAUUCUCUUUGACACUGUGACUCUCUGUAUAAGAGGCUCAUUUUUUAAAAGAUAUCUAUCAGUGGAGACGAGUACUUUGCAUCUGCUGGGUUCUUGUACCUUCCUCAGUUAUUAUCAUGUGAAUAUUCAUUUUGAAGUCUUAACAAUGAAACUGUGAAUUAAGAAACUUUAGCUCGGUGUCUGCCUUCAUUCACGUCCACCGAGUUGGAACGAAAGCGAAGUUUCCAGAUGAAGAAGAUUCUCUUUUACAUGUUUGUAUAUUACAGAAAUAACUUAAGUGAAAUGUUUUCUGUAUAAAAUAUGCAACAAGUCUUUACUAAGAAGGAUAUGCAGUAUUAGCGUGUAUCUGCAUUAUUAUUAUUAUGUGUAUUAUCAGUACUGGAGGGUACAUAAUUUUUUGAACAUAUUUUUAAGCCAUUACUGUUUUGUUGAUUAUUACACUUUGUGAAGGAAUAUAUUAGCCAACUAACAUUUAUUCUUUAUAAGUACGUGCCUGUAUUUCUGAGGUUUUUCAUUUGUACAAAACUGUAAACCAAUGCAAUAUGAUCGACACCUUUCAUUUCCUCAACAAUAGAAUAAACUACAGCGUGGUUAUAUUUUAGCACACAGUGCUGAGACAGGCUCACCAAAGUGCUUUUAUAUGGGUCAGAGGUUGAAAUGUCUCACAUGUAACAUGAGACAGAAAAGGAGUUUAAAUGUGAAUGUACCAAAGAUCAUGAGGGAUUAAAGGGACAGUUCAACUCAAAAUCCAAAAUACAUAUUUUUCAUAUUACCCAUAGUGCUGUUUAUC